UGAAUUUGAUUUUUUAAUAGAAAAAUAUUUUGUCGCAAUCAAACAAAGAUCAUAAUCGAACUAUAUUUGUAUUUUGUAAUCUUUAAGAAUUGAUAAUAAUAUCAACUGUAAGCGAAUAAUAAUAAAGUAAAUAAUAAAGUAAAUGAUACUAUAAUUAUAAAACAUUUCUCGUUUCUUUACUUAUCUUUCAAUCUAUUUUUGCUUGUGAUCAAUGGCUUCAUGUGAAAUACGUUCCAUUCAUCCAAAAAUGUAUCUAGAUCUUCUUUCCAGAUUUCUUGUGGGGUUUAUCUUCCAAAGUGGUUAUAUCAAUCACCAUCAUCAUCGGUUUCACGAAGUCCUUCAUAUUCGAUAUUAUGGUCUAAUCUUCGUUAAAAUAAAUCUGGUUUUUAUUCCAGAGUUGAUUGCACAUGAUCUUUUCUUUUAUAUUAAUGUUCUACUCUAUAAUCAUAGAAUUUUAAAAGGCUAAGCAUAUCAUGUUUUAGUGUUUUAUGAUAGCGCUAUGAUUGAACUUCUUUUUUAAGUCCUUCUAAAGCGUUGCUUAAUUUCCGUUUAGUUAAUUGAACCGUAAAAUCGACGUUAUCUAUCGUAUGAUUCUCUUUCUAUCCCGUAUAUAUUAAUAUUAUUAUUAUGUAAAUUAAUGAAUAAAAAAUAAAUGUAAAUUUCAACUAAUAUUGUGCAUGAAAUAAAAGAAUCAUAUGUGUGUAUAUACUUUUUCCCAAACACGAGUCGGUAAUUCAAUAAUAUUAUUUACUGACUCGAUUAUACAGCAAACUUCACAUUUGUCUUUGUCUGUUCAAUAUAACCCAAAAACUAUAGUAUUUAAGAGACGUAAGAGCUGAUUUUCACCAUUAAUCAUUAGGUCAAUUAAUAUCUCUUGGAUUUUAAUCUUGUAUGUACUAAC